CUGCGUUGCGUCCUGCCUGCCGGAAAUCCACAAAGAAGAAGAUAAAGAAGGCAAAACAGCUCCGCAUGUAGCUAACAUUUGCAAUAAACAUGUUUUUAGUUGUACCUCUAACCUGACAAAUUAUUCCACGUCAGAAAUAUUUCGUAUAAGCAGAGAAGAUUUUCUCUAAUUUUUCUAAUUACAUGCUGGCGAGAACAAACAACGCGGGCAGAAUUACACUGGGUAGCUAACGUUAGCCAAAGAAGCUAACCAGCUGGCUCCCGUUAGCUGCAAUGGCAGCGUCCACUCCAGUGAUUUCUGCUCCUGUAUUAAGUCAGAAGCAACGCAAGGCUGCUCUGAGGAAAGAGAGGAGGAAACGGAAACGCCAAGCUCUCGCCCAUGCCAGAGAACAUGAUUUAAAAAAUGGAGCAAGUCCUACUCCCGGAGAAGAAGACGAAGUAAAUGAAGACGGUGAGGAUGAUGAUGUUGCAGAGGAAGAAAGACAGCAUCUUCAUGAAGAGUGGCUGGAAAGAGAGCGGAUUGCCCAAGAGGAAUUCAGGCUGCGGUUGGAGAAGGAGGAAACAGCAAGGAAAAGAAAAGAGGAGGAGGAGCGGAUGAUAAAGGAGGAAUGGGAAGCGCAGCAGAGGCGAGAACAAGAAGAAAAAGAGCAGAAGCAGCAGGAGAAGCGAGACAGAGAGGAGGCUGUUCAGAAAAUGUUGGAUGAAGCUGAAAAUCAGCUGGAAAAUGGUGGCCCGUGGAUGAACCCUGAGGCUCCUGUGACAGUGAGCUCUGAGAACUUUGGAACAGAGCGUGACGUAGCCAACUGUCCGUUCUUCCUCAAGACUGGAGCGUGUCGAUUUGGAGACAGAUGUUCUCGGAAACAUACGUAUCCUACAACCAGUCCAACGCUGAUGAUCCGCGGAAUGUUUAGAACAUUCGGUAUGGAAGAGUCGCGCCGUGAUGACUAUGACAUCGAUGCUUGUUUGGAGCACAGCGAGGAGGAGAUGCAGGAGUCCUUCCUCGAGUUCUACCACGAUGUUCUGCCAGAGUUCAAGAGUGUCGGCAAAGUGUUGCAGUUUAAGGUCAGCUGUAACUAUGAACCACACCUGAGAGGAAACGUUUAUGUUCAGUUUGACACAGAGGAGCAAUGCAAAGAGGCCUUCAUCAAAUUCAAUGGGAGGUGGUAUGCAGGCCGGCAGCUUCACUGUGAGAUAUCACCUGUUACACGGUGGAAGAAUGCCAUAUGUGGAUUGUUUGACAGACACAGGUGCCCUAAAGGGAAGCACUGCAACUUUCUGCAUGUAUUUCGAAACCCUGGGAAUGAAUUCUGGGAGGCUGACAGGGACCUGCACAUGUCCCCUGACCGCAGCGUCAGGGGCAGUCACAGAGACGGGUGGUAUUCGAGCCGAUCAUGGAGGCAGCGUCAUUACAGCAGGAGCCCGGUGAGAUCGGAGAGAUCUGAAAGGAGACGAGACGAAGACAGGCGAAGGAGCAGGAGCAGAGAGAGGAGGCCGUCUCACCAGAACAGAGAGGACACACGGUCGUCCAGAUCCAGACACAGUGACAGGUGGAAAGACAGGCGAAGGAGCAGGAGCAGAGGCAGGUCAAGGAGCAGGAGCAGAGGCAGGUCAAGGAGCAGGAGCAGAGGCAGGUCAAGGAGCAGGAGCAGAGACGACGAGCAAGACAGGCGGAGAAACAGAAGUAGAGACAGAGAGAAGGAACAUAGAGGUAGAGAUCAAGAGAGAGACGGUAGAGGCACGAAUGACGACGCUCACAUGGGAACGAGAGAAAAGUCGAGAAGUAGAGAAAGAAGCCCCAGGUCACCAGAUAAAAGUAAGAAAAAGUGUAAUGAUGACAGCAGCACACAUCGUCGCCACAAACACUCCAAAAAGAGCAAGAAGAAGAGCAAGAAGAAGCACAAGAAGAAAAGCCAUUUGCCUGAAGAGACAGCUUCAUCUGGAGAGUCAGAAAAAGAGGAGUCAGGGGAGGAGACGGUGGAAAAUUUUUCAACAUCAAGUCCUGGUGGAGAGAGAAAUGAGAUGGAGCGAACGCAGAAAAACAGUGACACAGAUGAUUGCUGACGGCAACAAUGGCUUUAGUUCAGAGCUGGAAAGAGAAUAGUCCGAGGAAAUUUGAGGCGACCUCACUUAAAAUAUGCUUUUUUUUUUGUAGUGCACACAUUUAAAAAUCUACAAAUCAGAUUUUCUUAAAAAUAACUUUUAGAAAUUAGUGCACACUGCGAUACAUCUCUGCCUUACAGAUUUGGAUUUUAUAUGAAUAAAAAGGGAUACAUUGCAGUUUGUGAGUCCUGAGAUCACUGUAUUCUGAUGAGUUAAUCCAGUUUAAAAUGCAAUGAUUUUAAUGUAGUCAACAUUGGCACUUGUCAACACCUUUGUACAUAUGUGAAUAUUUUCAAAAUGCUCAUUGUGGCACUACAUGUUGUUACGUAAAAAUAUAAAAACAAAGAAAACCCUUUGCUUUUUGAAUACAUUUAUUUUUAAUAUCUUUCAAAUAUAAGAAAAAUGUGUUGGCAGUGUUUAAUACAAAAACUGAUUUCUUUUGCACAAAUCAAAGUUUAAUAAUACGAGUGUUCAAUGACAACAGUUUUGAUCUUGAUAAGGAAAAAAAAGAAAAGAAAAAGACUUUCAUACAGUUUGAGAUGAGAAACUAUAAGUUGUUUCCUUGCACAUGACAAUGAUAUACCUGAUAUCUGCAGUUCAUGUUUUUACGUUCCCACUCCAUGAAGAAAGUCAUGAUCGACAUGUCUGGGUGGACUGGAAUAAUUCCAUAAUACUGGUUUAAAGUAGCCAAAUAAUUCCCACAUCCAGUGACAUCAACCUGCAGUUAUAAAUCCCUUUUUUCUGCUGUUUUAGCCUCCUAUAGACACCACUGAGAAGGUAAAACACAGUGUUCUUUGGUCAUAUGUUAGUCUUUAAGAGUAAGCCAAAGCUAUAUAAUACACAAAAUAGUGGUUUUAUUUGGGUCACUAUCCUAACCUAAUUCAGCACUAAGGGAGGAACUGGACCUAAGAUAUACUUUCAGAGGCUUCAGUGUUUUUUUUUUGUUUUUUUUUGUAAGGACAAUAAGUCGAUGGUCAAAAAGACUACAGAAAUACAGUAUAGCAAACGUGACACCAGUUACACAGAAACCACCCACAUAUAGCAAACAAUUAGUCUGAAAAUGUGAAUAUGAAAUAAUUCAUUUGAAGAGAAUCACACAAAGUAAACCUGUAUUAAGCGUUAACACAGACACAAUGAUUAUUAAAUGUUUGAUUUUAGUUAUUGGGUUCAGUUUAGGCAUGAAUAAGUGAUUGUAACAGUGUCUGUGGUUCCCUUAACAGCACUGGCCCCAGCUGGUGGCUUUCAUGCAUUACCAUUACAUAUGAGCAUGCAACAUAGGAACACUGGUUGCUUGUUCACUCAUUCAGUCCAACCCUUGUACCUGAACAUUUUCAGAUCAAUGUGGGUUUUUUUUACUUGUUAAGCCACUUAACACUGACUGUGAGCCAAUCAGGCAUAAAAAGGUAUCAUGGGAUGAACCAGCAUCAUCUCUACACGUAACAAAAAACUAUGCAAAGGACCAAUUUCAAAUGAUAUCUUUAAGCAAUAGGAGCCUGUAACCCCACCCGCAAAAAACCCCCCACCAUUUGUCCCCAUUUCUUCAGUUGAAUCUCAAAAAUGUCAGAAAUAACAGUCUGAAGUACAGAAAACUGCAUUUUUGCAGCAACAAGUCAAUUCCCAAAGAGCUGUUAUCUUGGCGUGGUGUGCAGUGGAGCCUUAAAACUGAGCUUUAAAUGUCCUUUCAGAACUAUUCCUCAACACUAGUUUCUUACAAAGCUGGUUUAAGAGAGUUCAGGCUGCAGACUAAAGACGAUCAGACCAAACAGAAUUUUUCAGGCUGUA